CGGACGCCUUUCCUUUCCCCGGCCUCUCGCCGGCUCGUCUUCUUCUUCGAGCCCCGCUCGCCUCCUCCACUCCACGUAGCUAAAACCCUAGCGACCUAACAUUCUCGAGCCUCUCCGCGUCGGCCGAUCUCUUCGCGCCCCCGAGGCGUCUCGGUCCAGGGUUUCGUGGUGCUCGGCGUGGCGAUGGCGGGCCGCGGCGGGAGGAAAGGCGGGAAGGGGGAGGAGCUGGGGCGCGCGCUGAUCCGGCAGCACAACAGGGCGGCGGCGGCCGCCAAGGAGCGCGGAGAGGAGGUCGCCUCGUCCCGCCGCCGCGCGCCGCCGCUCGAGUCCGUCAUCGACGUCAGCGAGAUCGACGCCGUCCUCCAGCGCGCCGCCGAGGAGGACCGCCUCCAUUCGGCCCUCGCCGACGCCGCCUCCCUCUCCUCCUCCUCCGACCUCGUCAUCGACCUGGACGCGACGGGGGAGACGGCCGAGGAGAGGCGGAGGCUCCGCAAGGAGCAGGAGGCGCUGCACGCCAACAGCCUGGGGGUCCCGAGGCGUCCACCGUGGACUAGCCGGAUGACUGUGGAGGAGCUCGAUGCAAACGAGAGGCAGGCGUUCCUCGUGUGGCGGAGGAAUCUUGCAAGAUUGGAAGAGAAUGACAAGCUUGUCCUCACACCCUUUGAGAAGAACAUUGACAUCUGGAGACAGCUCUGGAGGGUAGUAGAACGCAGUGAUUUGCUGGUCAUGGUAGUUGAUGCUCGAGAUCCCUUAUUCUACCGUUGCCCUGAUCUUGAGGCAUAUGCAAAGGAAUUUGAUGAACACAAGAGAACAAUGCUCCUUGUCAACAAGGCUGAUCUGUUACCUUUAAAUAUCAGAAAGAGAUGGGCGGACUAUUUCAAGGAGCACAAUAUUCUCCAUGUUUUCUGGUCCGCUAAAGCUGCUACUGCCACAUUAGAAGGAAAAAUGUUGAGUGGAUACUCUGAAGAAGAUUCUGUUUCACUUGAUGUGGAUACCAAGAUAUAUGGCAGGGAUGAACUAUUGAUAAGGUUGCAAGCUGAAGCCAAAUCUAUUGUAGCAGAAAGGGGGACCUCAACUAUUAAAUGGGAUCAUGGAGCCAGUUCUUCUGAUUCUAUUUCAUCGGCAGCUAAGCAUGUGGUUGUUGGAUUUGUUGGUUAUCCAAAUGUUGGAAAAAGUUCCACGAUAAAUGCUUUGGUUGGCCAGAAGAAAACUGGUGUUACUCACACACCUGGUAAGACGAAGCAUUUCCAGACACUAAUUAUCUCAGAAGAGCUCACACUGUGUGAUUGUCCUGGUCUGGUCUUCCCUUCAUUCUCAAGUUCAAGGCAUGAGAUGGUGUCAUGUGGUGUCUUGCCGAUUGAUAGGAUGACAAAGCACCGGGAAGCUAUUCAAGUGGUGGCAGAUCGUGUCCCAAGAGAUGUUCUUGAACAGAUUUACAGAAUCACCUUGCCAAAGCCGAAGCCGUACGAAUCACAAUCUCGGCCACCAACUGCAGCUGAGCUGUUGCGUGCCUACUGUGCAUCACGGGGGCAUGUCAGCCAUGGUGGGCUGCCUGACGAGACCAGGGCUGCUAGACAGAUACUGAAAGAUUAUAUCGAUGGUAAAAUCCCACACUAUGAACUCCCUCCUGGUGUCACAAGCCACGAAACAGAACAAAGAGGAACUGCCGCAGCAGAAGGUCUGACUACUUCACCAGCUGAUGAGUCAGAUGGUUACGAUUCUGAUGAACAGGAUGAUCCAGAAGAUCCAGACAUGAGACGUGUCUUGAGUGACCUUGAAUCUUUUGAUUUGGCCACCGAAGGACCUAAAGCUGCUGGAAAGAACACGAAGGAAGAGGCCUCCCACAAGCAGCACAGGAAACCCCAGCGGAAGAAGGAUCGGUCCUGGAGGGUCGGCAAUGACGGCGACGACGGAACCACAGUGGUAAGGGCACUCCAGAAACCCGUCGUAAAUGUUCCUGCCGGCACUGCAAGCACAAAGGUUUAGUGCAGCAUACCUACCGUCCUACUGUCUACGCAGCUACACGAGACACAGUUGAGCAUGGGAAUAUGGGAUCCCUACUACCGGGAAACACUAGUGACACAUGCUGUGUGUUACAUAUUUUAGCUGCUUUGCUUUGGCCGUGUGCUGCUUGCUGAAUCUGCUCUGGUAGAUGAGAGACGAGAGGUGCAGAUUGCAUGGCAGUGUAAAACCGGCAGAAAUUAGUUGUCUCAAACUGUUGUUACCCUUGCAUAUACGUGUGCAUCCUGUAAUGUUUUGACAUGAAUCUCUAUAAAUGUGAAGAUCAUUUUCCAGUAUGCCUA